AUGCUAUACCCAGAUAGAAUUCAGACGUCUCUCACCGAGCUCUUGGGUAUUAGGCACCCCGUGCUCUUGGCCGGCAUGAACGUGGCAGCCGGACCGAAGCUAGCAGCCGCAGUAACGAACGCAGGGGGACUGGGGGUUAUUGGAGGAAUCAACUACACGCCCGAAAUGCUCCGCGAUCAGAUUUCAGAGCUGAAGUCAUCUCUUCUAGACAAGAAAGCACCUUUUGGCGUGGAUCUGCUCAUCCCUCAAAUUGGAGGUAGCGCACGCAAGACAAAUAAGGAUUAUACCAAGGGCAAGCUGAAUGAGCUCGUCGACAUCAUCAUCGAGUCAGGUGCAAAGCUGUUUGUUUCGGCAGUAGGGGUCCCACCCAAAGCAGUCGUUGAACAACUCCACAGGGCCGGUAUUCUGUACAUGAACAUGGUGGGCCACCCGAAGCACGUCCAAAAGUGCCUUGACCUCGACGUAGAUAUCAUUUGCGCGCAGGGUGGCGAGGGAGGCGGACACACUGGCGACAUACCGACGACGGUAUUGGUCCCUGCCGUCAUGAAUCUCGUCCGAGACAAGCAAAGCUCCUUUACGAGACAGGCGGUGCAAGUUGUAGCUGCUGGGGGCAUCCACGACGGCCGACUUCUUGCCGCUACUCUCAUGAUGGGUGCCAGCGCUGUCUGGGUCGGGACACGCUUCAUUCUUACUAAUGAGGCAGCCGCACCCGCGAGCCACAAAGAGGCGGUUCGCGGAGCAGGAUUUGACGACAACAUCCGAACCACCAUCUUUACCGGGCGACCUAUGCGGGUGCGGAAAACUCCGUACGUUGUGAGUUGGGAGGAAGAUCGUCAGACAGAGCUGAAAGAGCUGCUAUCGCAGGGGGUCGUUCCUGCCGAGGCAGACCUAGAUAGGCUUAUGGAAGACGAGUCCAGCAAUGAGGAGGAGAUUCUCGACCAGGUUUAUCCAAAGAUGAUGGGGCAGUGUGCAGCUGUGAUUAGUGAACAGAAGCCAGCGGCAGAUGUUGUGCAGGAUCUUGUCGACACGGCUGUAAUUGCUCUAAUGCAAAAUUUCGAAAUAGUAGUAAAGCUUUGA